GCCCGGUCCCCUCCGGGAGCCCUCCGGGAGCCCCCGCCCCGGCUCCGGCGCCGUCGGCUUCUCCUCGGGUCUGUUCCUGGCCGUCGCCACGGCCGCGUGAUGAUGCCCUCUCGCACUAACCUGGCUGCUGGAAUCCCCAGCAGUAAGGUGAAGUACUCGCGACUCUCCAGCACAGACGAUGGCUACAUCGACCUCCAGUUUAAGAAAAGCCCUCCGAAGAUCCCGUACAAGGCCAUCGCACUUGCCACCGUGCUGUUCCUGAUUGGUGCCUUUCUCAUCAUCAUCGGCUCGCUCCUGCUGGCGGGCUACAUCAGCAAGGGGGGGGCAGACCGAGCCGUUCCCGUGCUGAUCAUCGGCAUCCUGGUGUUCCUGCCAGGAUUUUACCACCUGCGCAUCGCCUACUAUGCAUCCAAAGGCUACCGUGGCUACUCCUACGAUGACAUUCCAGACUUUGAUGAUUAGCACCCACCUGAGCCCCGAGGGGAGUCACCAAUGGCACUGCACGCAGCUCUGAGAUGCUGAGCUGAAACAGUGGCGGACAGAGAAGGCCUUCUGCAGCUCGUAGAUGCUUAACAACCAGUGGCUGGGUUCCAGGAGGCUGUUCCAGAAAUGCCAGCGGGGCUCACAAGUAGCUAAUUAGGACGUGCUCUCUUUUAUUUAAUCUCCUGGCCCUGGCAGAAGCUCUCACAAGUUUUUGCACGUGGAUACAUGUCAUGGAAGAAGAGGGGUGUUAACUGGCAGUGAGGAGGCCGUUACAGGGUGCAGAAGGUCGUCACCCGCUCUUUUCUGAGUUUUCUUUGCAGUAGUCUUCGUUGCCAGUUUGUCCUUGUGGCAAAUGGAAGAAUGAAGUAGGUCUGAUUUCUCAUUACUACGUAAUUUAUUUUGAAAAGAUCCGAAGAUCUGAUCCCCUGCACAUAUUUCUUCUUUCUGUGUGGGUCCAUUUGUAAUAUCUUCUGCUUGCUUUCUUAGAAACAGCAGCUAGCAGUGUUUUAGACCACCAUAAGCUUUAGAAUGUAAGCAUUUUAUCUGUAUCUGUUCACCCUUUUUGAUCGGCUCUGGUUCGGUUCCCCAGUGUAGAGUUUGGGUCAUUAUGUCCUUUAUACAUCAAAGUGUUUGCUUUUCUUGCCUUUGUGGAGUGGGCUUUUGGCUGUUGCCUUAGGAGAACGGGCAUCAGUGGUUUCGGUUUGGGGCUGCUACCUCUUGCUAACCCUUACGAUGUCAUUCUAUGAACACUGGCCAGGCUCGGCCAACUUGAACAGCGGCUGGAUUUCCUUGGGUUGAUUCUGUUUCUUAGCUUUCAAAAUGUGACUUCAACACAGCAAAUUAAAAUGUAAGAAUCUCAAUACUAGACUUUUUGAGUGAAUUUUAAAUAUAUUCCAAAAAACA